CUUUGUUGUUCUGUCCUCUAGAACAUGGUCAAAAGUUUCCGGGUCUCAGACCUGCAGACGCUGCUGGCUUCAAUGGGUCGCAGCAAAAGUGGGCUGAAACAGGACCUGGUGGGGCGUGCGUUGAGGCUAGUGCAGACCGAAUACAGCCCGGAGCUUCUGAAGAACGUCAGACAGCUCUACGAGUCGCGCUUCCCCAAAACAUCCGGCUGGCUCGCGGCACGGCGUCCAGAGGGCAUCCCAGUUGCCUACUCAUCCCUCAGCUCCUCCCCCACUGCCACCUCUCAGGGCGCAGACUACCUCAACGGCAUUUCCAAACCGAUCCCCACACCUGCGGCAGAGGUGAAGCUGGUGCAGCUGCCCUUCUACCAAACUCUGGAGACACUGUUGCCGCCAACAGAGCUAAUUGCCCAGAACAAUGAGAAACUGCAGGACAGUCAAUGCAUAUUUGAGUUAACACCAAACCAAGCAGACCAGGUCAGAAAUGCAAGUGAGCUUCGUCCAGGAAUCAGAUCAAUCCAAGUGGUUCUUAGAAUCUGCUACACAGACUCCAUUGGUGUUCAGGAGGACCAGUAUCCUCCCAACAUUGCUGUCAAAGUCAACCAGUCCUAUUGUCAUGUGCCGGGCUAUUACCCCUCGAAUAAGCCUGGUGUUGAACCUCGCCGUCCUUGUCGUCCUGUAAACAUCACUCCCUGGUUGCAUCUCUCCAACGUCACCAACAGAGUCACCGUCACCUGGGGAAACUUUGGCAAGCGAUACUCUGUGGCAGUGUAUUUAGUGAGGGUUUUCACUGCAGCAGACCUCUUCAGCCAACUCAAACUGUGCUCUGUUGAGAGUGCAGAGCGCUGUCGUGAACGCAUCCAAGACAAACUACGAUUUGACCCAGAAAGUGAAAUUGCGACCACAGGCCUCCGAGUUUCUCUCAUCUGUCCAUUGGUGAAGAUGCGGCUCGGUGUGCCAUGUCGAGUUUUAACUUGUGCUCAUCUUCAGUGUUUCGAUGCAGUCUUCUUCCUGCAGAUGAAUGAGAAGAAGCCCACAUGGACUUGCCCCGUCUGUGACAAGCCUGCUCCCUUUGAGCUGCUCACUAUUGAUGGGCUGCUAUCUGAGAUUCUGAAAGAGACAAGUGAGGACAUUGAGGAGAUUGAGUACUUAACCGACGGCUCCUGGCGACCCAUCAGAGAUGAAAAGGAGAGGGACAGGGAAAGAGAACGCAGCAACACACCAGAGUAUCCUGUUGUAGAUAUAUGCAUUCCUGAGGCAAACGGUCAUUCACCGGCCCACAGCAGCACCAGCCUGACGGGCAAAUCUGGAAGCAGUUCUGUGGGGGCGUCAGGAGCCGCGGGAGGAGCCGCUGUGGCACCGGGAGGAGGUGCAGUGGUAGAUCUGACUCUUGACUCCUCCUCUGAGGAGGAAGGGGGCGGGGCAGGAGGAGACAGUGAGGACACUGAGGACAGCGCUGACAGUCCUGCCCCGAAGAGGGGCAGAUACAACUAUGACAAGGACCUGGUCACUGCCUACUGACCCCACAGCUCUGUCCCCUCGUAGACUGACACACACACAGACAGAGAGGCAGGGGGCUAAAAACUCGAGGACAGGAACACCGUAAUCCACUAGAUGCAACAACCCUCCCAUAUGCCCAAACGUCAGAGCCUUUCAGCCGCUCUGGUUUGUAUCCAGACAAAACAGACACACACACACUCAAAUAUGCACUGUUAUUGAAUCUUCAAUCUAGAGUGAUUAGGAUUCCUCUUUACACCACUGGAAGCAACUCCAACUCUUUUUGGCCAACCAUCACCUUGCAGUGAAUAUCUGUACCGUCCUGCCUCUACUAAAGAGACUGAAUGGAUCGAGCACCCCACCACCACCACCGCCCUUCCUCCUCUCUCUCCAGACUAUUCCCCCUCUACCACCGCAUCUCCCUUUGUAUUUGACUUGGCUCUUUUAGCCAUGGGCGUUCAAUGUUUGCAUCUCUGAUUUUUGUCACAUUUGUGAUGAACAGGCAAGUUGAAAAUGGAGGCUCUCAGUAGUUUUUGGUAAAAGGUCAAAAACAACUAAUUGUAAAGAGCAUGAAACAUUUAGGGGAGAAGGCAGAGAUAUCUGGAGUGUGAUUCAGAAUUAAACCUGUCCCAUUGUGUUAUUAUUUCUUUGUUCAGAGAAUGAAUUCAAAGCUUGAAAGGGUUUUUUCAGGAAUUUAUCCUUUUAAUUAUGAAAGGGCAGAACACAAUACUGGCCUCAAUGUGUGAUGCUUUCCAUUUUUGUUUUGUCCUUAGAUAAAGAGAACCUACCUCAGUCAUAAAAACUUAGCAGACUGAUCAGAGACUAGCUUAGAAAGAAGUGGAGGACAGAAGAAUUGAUGAGUCUUUCUGAAGCCAAUUUUACACUGGAGAUUUUGUUUUCCUACUUUUUCUUUUUUUUUCGGGGGGGCGGGGGUUAAUUCCAUCGUUUCAUGCAGCUCUGUUCCCUCUGCAGCAACAAAAUCUUUGUCGAAGGGUGAGUUAGAUUGUGGAUAACCAAGCUAACUGUAGGUGUCAGUGAUUUUAAUAAAAAACAACUUGUAGGUGGAACUGUGCCACUCUGUAAAACCCUUAGAGCAGUUAUCUUGGAUAUAGCAGGAAUGAUUAGUAACUCAUCAAAAUGACUGUAUGGCAGCUGGGCCAAAGCAGGUGUAUUUUAAGAAUUCACUGACACGAUAUGGUUGUGAGAUUUUGGUGCCUUUUUUUUUUUUUUUUUUGAGUGGUCAAGAUUGGAGCCCAUUGUUUUAAGGCUAGUUGAGCUGGCCAGCAUACGAGGCCCCAGUCUGAGAGAAGGUGUUUGAUUUCCUUAGAUGUUUUUCCAGUAGGAGAAAUGGACAGAGAAGCAGAAAGAAAUCUGUGGUAAAGGACCGUUAUGGAGUAGGAUUCAAGUGCUAUCAUCCCCCCCCCCCACACACACAUUUUAGUCUCCUCUUCUGAAAGAGUCCUAUUUAUUUAAUUGCUUCACAUUCUCUUAACAGUUGUUUGUAAUAAGUCUACAUAAUUUGUGGCUGUAGUUCUGUACAGACAGGAGCUAUUAGUUGCAGAAAGCAGGACACCUCUGCUGCUGUGGUUUGAGUGUUGCGUUAUAAUUGGUCCGGGCUCAUGGCUGUGCUGUUGAUGAACACUCCUUUUCUUUUCCUUUUUGAAUGAAUCCAACCCGGGUCAAAGCACCAUUCAGAGUCAUCUGCUACAGUGGUUCAACAUGUCUGACACAAGCAAACGUAAUGAAGUGUCAAUAAGUGCAACCCCACCAAGCUUAAAGUCAUUGAUUGGAUUACAAAUGGUCCGGUCUGGAACAAGUGGAGCUGCUCCAACCAACAGUCCCCCUCGGCGUCCUUACAAUGUAGAUAAGGUCACACUAUUUGCUGGAAUAGAAUUGGACUUUAAUUGCUACAUGCUGUAGGCUUACAACUAAUAUUCCUCUGCACCUGCACUAGUAUUGUCAGUAUGUGAUGGCUGCUCCUCAGGAUCCUCAGGCUGCAUGUGGCUUAAGGUUUGUCCGUACGGAAGGUCGUCAGGUUUGCUUGAAGAUGAGAAAAGGUUGUUACUGUGUUGCUAGAGCUGUUUGCACUUUCAUCUGAUACUUCAUCCCAAGUUUUAUGGCUUAUUUAUUUUAAAGCCAUCAUGUAGUGAGUAUUAAUCAAGGAUCACUGACCAUUGUGAUCAGUUCUCCUCAACCAUCUCGUGUACGGGAAUCAGAAAAUGUGAAACUUAAAAAAAAAAAAAUAAAUAAAAAAAAACAACUCAAAAAAAAAAAUGGCGGUCCUACUCCACUGUGAGACACUUGGAGGGGGAGGAGAAAAAAAGUAGUGACUCAGAUCAGUUCUGCAUCGUACGUUUCCCUCUCUUAUCAUCCCUUUUGUUGCGGUUUGAUCAGCACAGAAUCUGGUUUUCUUUUACCUUGCUCCAGUGCACAGAGAAAUGACAUUUACACAUCGAUCUGGGGCAUCACUGUUGCAAGUGCAUCCUCCUGAUGGGGUCGAUGAUGGAAAAAGUAGGUCGAGUCAAAUCUGGUCUUCCAUUUUUCUCCUUCUUUUGACACUUUGACAUAACUUACAAAGUCAAUAUAGUGAUGAAAAAUGUUUGAUUAUCCACGCAAAAUUGAUUGAUGGCACUUUGCCUGUAAUACAUCAAGUCCCUAAAAACGGAUCUUCUAUAUAAGGUGCAUCAAAGCACAAUAAUGUAAAGAACUCUAAUAAUACCUUGAACUAGGCAAUUUGUAUUUGUAAGUAACUGCUAUACAUAUAAAAAAAUGACUUUGUUCAUUUGUUGAUAGGUAUAGAAGGUCAUUAUUUGAAUGGAUUUCCUUAACGUUUCUUUGCCUUAUGGUUAAAGAUGAGAGGUGGUGCAGGUUGUGUCUGUGGAACUGAGCCAGAUACAUUUGCAGGCUGUUGGGGAGCUGGAGAGAGCUGAGGGUCUGGUCUUUUUGUAGUGGCAUCUCUUCUUAUAAUAAUGCAUAAGGUAGCAUGGGCAGAGGCUUACAAUCCAUGAUGUAAAUGUUUUUGUUUGUUGUGUUUUUUUAUAUGUUCAUAUUAAAAGACAAUAAAAUUUAAAUAAUAUUUUAUUAAGCCUUGAAUCGCCUCCAGUUGUUCCUAUAGGCAAACCGACAAUAAGAAGCUGUUGAGGGCAGCAGCACCCGAAGCUGAUACUACAGAGGACUGGGAGGACUGGUUGAGGUGGAGAUUAUGUCCUGUACCAAAUUCUCAGAUCUGGGGACACAUUUGCCUGUUGAGGUUAAAACUGUAAAAUUUAAAAUGAUCGUAUUCUAACAGCUGUUAUUGACGUGUGGAAUUAAUUAAAAUCAAUUCUUAAAA